UUUUUAAAUUAAAAUGCAGCCAAAGGAUAUACAGAGUUCGGAAGUACAUAAUAUUCAUGAGUCUCAAAUUGUCCCUAAACGUCUUGAUGAAGAGCACAAGGCUACAAAAACUUUUCAACAAUCUUUUAUAAAGAUGCCAAGAUUUGAAGACUCGUAUUGAUUAAUUUAACAAACUUGAGCCAAUUGUUAAAUCUCUAAAUUUUGCCAGACAAGAAUCUGAUACGAAUCUCACCUCUUUAUUGGUUACUAACGAAAAGAUUUUAUUUUAUCAGAUAACUCAAGCAGAAGAAUUACUCUCUGAGAUCACACAGGAGGCCACUCAAGCUGACUGAGGAAGCAUGGUUGAACAUGAUUCCAUCCUGAAAACUAAAAUUAAACACCUCAAGAAGCUUUUGAAUGUCCUCCUGGAAAAGAGUUGGAGAAGGAAGAAAUACAAGACUGCUAGAGGCACCAAGCCGAGUCAAGACACAGAAUACGACAAAGUAGUUGAAAUAAGUUUGAAAUUGGAGAGAGUUGCAUGAACUCAACAUCAAAAAGAAGUCGAAAUGCGGAAAAUAAAGAUUUGGCAUGAUGUUUAUAAGACCUACACAGAAAAACAAUCCUUAUUUGGUCUAGGUCCCUUUCUAGAUCACAAUAUUAGAGACCCUAUGAAUUUCCAAAUGCUUAAAAAGAUGCUAAAUGUGGCUCUUCCUUCUACUAGAAUAGUUCUCUUGUCAAUUUUUUAUUGCAAAAACAAAAGAAAUUUCAAUUCCUUCAGAGGAUGGUUCACUCCUACAAUAAACUUUUUGACUCUGUAUUCGAAAGAUCUGACAGAUGUAGGUGGAUUACUCCUGAGAAUUUCAAAAAUCUCCCACAGAAUUUUGGAAAAUAUAACUCUUGAUUCUUUUAAAAUCAGUGGAUCCCAGCUGAAGAGAUUUUUCAUGCUAGUCAAGCACGUUAAGUGUGUCAGGAUUUGAUUCUGUAAACUCAACUUUACAGAAGUCAUCGAUCUUGAUACAUGCUUAAAAGGAACUACAAUAAGAAAGCUAUUAACUACUCAAUUAGCUAGGAGUGAUUAUAGUGACUGGGAGAAUAAACCUGAAGGCUUCUCCAAUUUUAUUGAGAGUCUGUCCAAGUCGGAUUUAAAGAUUUCAUUACAAACAAUUUGCAUUGGAGAGGAUUCUCUUAGAAAAGCCUUUAUCGAGCAAGUCUUGGCUGGAAGUGAGCUUAGUCAUGUUGAUCUUAAUAUGGAAUAACUCAAUACCCAGAUGAUUAAUUCCAUC